AUGGUUAGGGUUGUGUUCUACUCUGAAUCCUCUGCUACUCAUUCUUUUGUCUCUCUAGGAUCUAAAGAUAGUGAGGAGGAAGAACAGGCAGGUUCCUCUCCUCGAGAGAUAGACCAUCCUAUUAUAGAUGUUUUUGAAGAGGUACUUCCCCUAGUUAUGGUUGUUGUGGGGGAAGACAUCCUUAGGCCUUUUGAGGAGGUGCCCUUGGUGAGGGAAACUUCAAUCACUACGCUGGCGGAGUUGCCCCUAACGACUGAACAAGAUCCUAUUGACGUGUCACAUUCUGAGGGGCGCUUAGAUCCCAGUGUAAGGUCUUCACCUGCCCUAGGUGGGACCUUUCUUUUUCCUGAGAAAGCUUCAGGUCCUACUAUCCAGGUCUCAGUUUCCUCGAACCCUUUUGUGCUAGUGAUUGUGGGUGACCAACAGACGACUGGGGAUAACUCUCACCAACCAGCUCAGUUUGGUAUUAGUCCUGCAUUCUUGGUUUGCCUUGCCUUAGUUGUGCAAGCCCUUUUGUCCAUAAUUCCCAAGGAGUAUCUCUACGGAAUGGGGAAACAUUUUUAG